UCACUCUUGGCUGCUGUGAGAACAUGCAGUUUUAAAGCUAUCCCGCAACUGAUGCAGAGAGAAGCCACAAGUGACACACUACAGGACUGGCUGAAGCUAGUAGGUCAGUGUGUGACAUACAGGACAGCGCAAGAGAGAGAAGACGAUGCGCCCAUUAGAAAGGGAAACGGCUGAGGGGAGGAGAUGCGUGCAGACAGAUAACGGGCUUGUCGACUCGGCACCUGCGGAGAAGUUUUGCGAAGCCGCUCACAAGUACAGCGAGAACUCCAGGCGUCCAACGAAGGAGCGCCACAUCAAGCCGCGAUGGGCACCAACGAGCCGACAGACUACGACGAUGACAGCUGGUAUUCCAACGAUCCAUUGGAGCCCACCUCGCCGCCUAAAGAAGUCAUCGAGCCAUGUGACCCCACGGUGCCAGAUAACUUGUACCACAUAUGCAUCUUGGCUCUGUCUCUGGUCAUUCUUUUGGUUCUUGCUGCCUUUACUAGACGGAAGCGACUGUGCCUGGGCCUUUUUAAUGGGGUUCCAGGUUUACUCAGCCCUGUCAACAUGCUCAACCAGACGCAGCACAAAGGCCUGGCCACGGCUGUUUUUGGACUGCUCAUGUGCAAGCUGAGUAUCUUGGUUAUGUCAAAGAACCCUCUGCCAUUCAUUAAGGAAUCCAGUCCAACAACUCAAGAGCUCUGGAAGAUUCUGGCGCUUUUCUACUACCCUCUUCUGUACUAUCCUCUGCUAGCGUGUGGUUCACUGCAGAGCCGCGUCGGCUACGUCUUGGGCAGCCUGCUCUCCUGGACUCACUUUGCGGUUCUUGUCUGGCAGAAGUCUGACUGUCCCCGGACGCCAGAGAUUUAUAAAUAUCACUCACUGCUCAGCAGCUUUCCUCAGAUGGGAUGCCUUGCUUUCCUCAGUUUUCAGUAUCCUCUGUUACUCUUCAAGAACUUCAACACGGAGAGCCAAACAAAUGCAAGUGAGGACCUCAAGAGCAGCUACUACAAGGACUAUGUGCGUAAAAUCCUGAGGAAGCCCAUCAAAAUCAGUUUGAGCCCAGAAACUCCUAAUUUGCAGUCAAGAGUCAAAACACUCCUGAGUGGGUACAUCUACAAGCCUGAGGAUGAUUUUCGAUUUCCUCUGAAAGUGGCCAUUUCUUCGGUUGUGGCUUUUGUCACUGUUUAUCAGGUGGCACUGCUCCUGGUGGUGCAGGUGGUCCCCGUCUUACAGAAGAUGCGAGCCGGAGUAAAGGAGGACAUUGUCUACGUUCUUGCUGGCUUUGGUAUCGUCCUGUCAGAGAGCAAGGCUGAAGUGGUGGAGCUGGUGCGCUAUUACUUCUGGGUGGUGGAAGUUUGCUACAACUCCGCACUGACACUGUCCUGCUUGGUGACCCUGACGAUGCUCAUGAGGUCGAUGGUUUUACACAGGUUGAACCUGCAAGGACUCUACAGAGGGGACAUUUAUGCCGUCUAUAACUGCCAACGCAGUAUCCGGCCAUCGCGACCCGCUCUUGUAUGCUGGAUGUCCUUCACCAGUUACCAGUCAGCGUUCGUCUGCCUGGGCAUGUUGAUUCAGACCGUGGUCUUCUUCAUUUGCCUUCUGUGGUUUGUCUUCCUCAUCCUGUUUCCUAUCCUCUAUGGCAGACACCUGUUUGCCUUCAGGAUCCUACAAGCAAUGUGGCCCUUGUGGCUCACACUCUGCCUGGCAGGAAUUCUUCAGCAUGUAGCUGCAAAGUUUGCUUUCCUCAAAAAAGAUGGCGGGACUCUGGAUUUGGACAACAGGCAUGCCCUUUUUCUACUCACUUACCUGCUGUUUCCAGUCAAUGUGCUGGUGGGCUUUCUCGUUGCUUUGUGGCGGAUGGUCAUAUCUUCCCUCUACAAUAUUAUCCAUUUCAGCAGACUGGACAUCAGCCUGCUCAAUCGGGCUGUGGAGUCCUUUGAUCCAGGCUACCGCUGCUAUGCACAUUACUUGAAGGUUGAAGUCAGCCAGUCGCAUCCCGUCAUGAAAGCCUUCUGCAGCUUGUUACUUCAGUCUCAAUGCUUAGAGGAGGCCGUGGCUCAGAGGAUCCAAGAUGCAGAGGAAGGUAUCCAACUGGUGCAACAGGACAAGAAAAAGACAAAGAUUUCCAAGUCCCGAGUGGCCCGGGCCAGGUGGUGGCUACUUUUCACUCUGGUCAACAACCCAUCACUUGUGGCUUCUAGAAAGCACUUCCAGUGUCAGAGCGCUGAAGCUUUUUACAAUGGGACACUGAACCGUGACAAUAAGGGGAGUGAGAAGAAGCCUGAAAAAGCAGAGGCCUGAAUGAAGUCACCUGUAAAUCUGGCACCCAACAGCUUCCUUUUUCUGAACAGCAGCAGUAAGGAGGACAUUCAACAAAAUGGCAUCAUUAACCCUAGCAAAGAGUGCAUGGCUGCAGGACCAGAAGGGAGCACUGCAGCACCCACCUAUGUCUGUAUGAAGCACUCCUCAGCCUUUCACUUUUAGUUAACAAAUGUCCUGUUUAGAUGAAGAAAGCCAUUAAGUGGACAGGGCUGUUUAGCACUAAUGAAUGUAACUGUUACUGUAGGUUUACUUUGUGAGCAACCUGAGAAUUUAGAAUUCCGCCACGUGUUUAGAUACAAAACGAAUAAAGACAUCUCUUCUCUUUGA